AUGAAUUAUUUCAAGAAAGCCCGGAGCCAUGUGCAGGGUGCUAUGAAUGAUGCCCGAGAACUGGCACAACAGAUACAACAGGACUAUAAGCAGUCUCAAGGGAGCAACGAUCAACCCCUUACUACUACCGCCGGAUACUACCCGCCCACACCACAGCAGCAGCAGCAGCCUCAGUAUUCCUAUCCCUCACCCUCCCGCCAAUAUGAGAAUCAUGGCUAUGAGCCAAAGGUUGCGACCGGAACAUUUAACAUGGUGCCAAUGGCGAACUGUCACACGGAUGACGUGGACAGCACGGACCACCCUCUCGAGCGGGGAUGUCCCGGGUCCAAGUUCAUUUCAGUCGACCUAGUACAAUUUUACGUCUUCAAGCCCCAAUUCCGGGAGAAGGUAGAAAUCAUCGAAGACCAAUUUGGGAUAUGCAGCUCGUGUUACGCGGCUCUCGAGCCAGAACUCGCAAGCUACUUCCAGCCCCUGAGUGAGCCCGAAGGGACGCACCCAGAUGGUCCCACCAGGGCGCGACAGGCGACAUUUAAUUGUGACAUGGCGCUCCCGGCAGUUAAAGCGCUGUUGCACUACGAAUGCGUGCCCAAACGAACAAUGGAACCGCUUCUGAACUUUGCAAAGGGCACAACGGAAUGGUUCAGUUGCGGUAAUAGUAGCCAGCAGAUCACGCAACCCGUGGAGUAUUACACGGUGAAGGCCAUUGACGAUAUGGCGGUUUGUAAAUGGUGCUUCGAGCGAAAUAUCCGCGGCACCGCAUUUGAGCGAGAGUUCACUCUGUGUGGGCCGAGGACAGACUGGAUUUGGAUUUGCGACUUUGGGAUGGGCGGCUAUAUAUACAAGGCAAUGCUUCGGGAGCUCGACGGGUCAGGGUCACAGUCCCCGAACAUUUCUCGCUUCGUGGAGAAUGCCCGUCGACGCAUGGCGCUACCACCGUGUCCAGGCGCGGACAACACAUUUCCACCGCCUGGGAACGGGGAACGUGUGUUCACGUAUGAGGCCGUGGCGGGUAAGUCCGGAGUUUUCUGUCAGGCCUGUUACUGGGAUAGAAUUCUUGGGACCAGUAUGGAACAACUCUUCAACGCUUACACGGAGCUUGGGGACGAAUUUCGUGGACAAAUCGGGUGCGAUAUGACGGCCGUUGGAUCCCAAUUCGCCAUGGACGUAGCCAUCAAGACUGGGAAUGAUGCAGCCUGGAGACGGUGUAUGGAAGGACGGGGCAAAUACCCGCAGUGUGCCGGCGUCCUUGGAGUCGAUGAAGAGGACCUCCAGAAUCAAGAUCAAGAUCUUAAUAGGUGGUAUCAUCUCAACGACCACCCCAACAUCGAGAUCUGCCAAUGGUGCUACUGCACCACCGUCGAUCUCCUUGGGGCUUCUGGGCUCUUCUCCCCUAUUAGCCGGCCUCUGUGCCCAGGCGUCGUACGCAUGUGUUUUCUCUCCGUCCCGGAGGACCUCAGCGCCGACACGAGCGAUCGUGAGAACUUUGAGAACACGCUCGUCUGGCGCGGUACUAUCCUCCGCAACUGGCUGCAUCAAGGCUACGAAAAGAAUGGCGAUUUUACAGCCUUCAGACAAGCGGCGAGUGCCAUAGCAGCCCGGCCGCCUCCUUGUUCUGCCGGAAAGCGUGCCCACAAGCCCGCUUCGGGCAGGAAGUGGUACGGCAAUAACUUCUACGCAGAGGGAGACUUGCACAAGACGGCCAUAGCAGUCUGCGAGGAGUGUUAUGAUUACUGCAUAAAAGGAACAUCAAUAGAGUGGUUCGUAGGCGCUGACCUAACUGACAAGACGUAUGCCGGCUGCCCGAAUGGGUUCUGCUGCAACUGUUCCACGAAGCGAGGGCGUACUGAACUACGCCAGGCCUGCCAGAAUGGCGUCUUCAACGAGUUCGCCGACUAUCUCGCGCGGCGCAGAGAGGUCGAGGCGCGCCGGAAGAAGGUCGACGAGCUCUGCAACGAGCAGGCGAAGAGACAAUGGGCUCAGAAGGAGGCGAUUGACGCGUCGACGGCAGCGAUGCAGGUGAAUCUCAUGCAGCAACUCAAUGCCAACACGAACGCGACAAUGAUGCGCAUCGGCGGCUCCGUUGCCGAGGCCGCAGCACCGGAUUACGGCCAGCGGUUCGGGAAUUCCAAUGUCGGUUAUGGCUAUCUCACCCAUAACGGCGCCGCGGCAGCCCAGGCUAGUGUCGAUGCCGCCAAACUGUCGCAACAAUCGAAGUAUAUCUCGACAUGGCAGCCUUCGGGGAAUACGUGGCAAGAUACGCAGGAUCUGUUGGCUUUGUCGAAGAUGAUUCAGGCAGAAUGGGAAGCUAUUCAGUAG